GUUGGCACUCCGUCCAGGGUGUAUCCUGCCUUGAUGCCCGAUGAUGCCUGAGAUAGGUACAGGCUCCCUGUGACCCAAGAAGUUUGGAUAAGUGGUAGAAAAUGAAUGAAUGAAUGAAUGAAAAAAGGCAUAAGAGAUAAAACAUUCUGUAACACACUAUAAACAUAACUAUAAUAAAUGUCUGGUCUAUACACAGGGUUAUCAUUAAAAUCCUAUAAAAAACAUUUAGGCUCUUGGCAGGACUUCGAUGAACCUAUGUAACACAAAAUCUUAUAUCUAUAUCAUUCCUGUAUUAAGCUUUAACCAAAUGCCAUACUGUUACAAAUACAAAUGUAAAAAUAAUAUACAAAUGCAUGUGUAUUAAAAAGAUCCAAAUAAAUAAUGAAGAGAAUUCCAACAAGCCCUAUGAACAACAGUACUAGUAAAAUGCCUGGUAUUCUGUAAAAUAUAGAUUAUAAGUAAUAUAAGUAACAGUGAUGUUUUCUGUUGAAAUGUGCAAAUUAACAAAUAUGGACGGAAGAUUUCUGGUUAUAAGAUUUGAUGUGGUGUCAGAUAUGAAACUGAGCCUUGUGGUAUUCAACAGAUCUAAAGAAUACUCACAGUAAGGAAGAGCUUUGUGAAAAGUCUAAUUUAAACUUUUCAUUUAAAAUCUAGAGUAAUUUAAGCUAGUGGAAAAACAACAGUUCAUCAUAAAAACCUAUAUUUGACUGCUAAGAAUGUGUUAGAAUAAAUCAUUAAAUGUGUUUGUGCAUGUGUUUUUAUUAUUACUGGUGACAAUGACUCAGUUCAGAAAUGCUGCUUAUAUUAUCAGGUUAUUGUAUAUUCAGUGAACCACAACGUUUUAAAACAAGUGUUCAUUAGUUCCAGUAUUUUUUACAGUUUCCUUUCUAGCUGAAAACGUGUAAAUGUUUCACAACAGUUUUGUUCAUGUAAGAUUGUAUCUCUCAUUGCACACUUAACUUUGACAUGUCUAGGAUGUUGCGGUCUUGAAAAGUGUCAUAUCAGCAACAAACGUGAAAAGUUUAUGUACAGAAGUGAGUUUGCAAAACACGUUUCAUGUAUGCAAGAUUUAACCAGUAGAUCUCAUUACCAUUUUAUAAAUGUUAGUAGUUAGUAGUUCCACUUUUCUGGUGAUAUUUCAUUACUCUGAUAACCAAAUGUAGAUUAAAAUAAAUUGUACUCAUAGUCAAACAGUUCACCAUUUUGGGUCAUUUUAGUGCACUUUCUAAUGGGAUUUUAGCUUUGGAUGUGCUUAAAUUGUUAAUUUGCUUGUUAGAUGUCCCAUUUUGUUAUUUUAGUUCCUUUAAGUUGUUUGAUUAAAUUCCUUUAGAUGUUUAUUAGUUUUUUCAUUUCCUAUAGAUGUUUACUUAGUUGUUAGUUAUUUGUGUUUGUUAGUUAGUGUAAAUGUGCUGGUAAAUAUCAGAGGAAGUGUAAAGGUGUGGAAUGAGAGGGUCAAGUAAUGAGUAAACUUGGAUUUAAAACCAAGUGAGAAAGGAAAACUAAGUCAUGAUUAUAUGCCUAUAACAUUAUAGCUUUGGCACCUUGUCCAUUGUUCUGCAGACUGUGGCUCAAUAAAGGGAGAGGGGGGGGAGAGAGAGAGAGAGAGAGAGAGAGAGAGAGAGAUUUAGCUAGUCAUUAGUGUUUUCACCCCACAUUUAAAGGAGGGAACAAUAACAGAGAAUCUGGGGAUAAUCAUCAAAAAUUUCCAUAGGUUUUUCACCCCUGGUGAAGAUGAACAUUCUCUUCAUUUGAUUAGCACGAUACUCUCCUCCAAGCAGUUCCCAUCUUCCUGCCCUCAAGUCUAGUGCUGUAUUAAUCCUGUUAGUGAUCAAAUUCUGCAGGUAUCUAUUAAUUAUUCUUAUAUCCAAUAAUGAACAGUAUAAAACAGUCCUGCACAGUGUCAAUGCACUCGCACUGACAUUUUCACUUUCUUGCCUUCUUACCAAGUUUCCAGUGACCUGUAUAUGACCUGACCAACUUUUUGCAUUUCUGUGAAACAAGUUUAGUUAUUCUCAAACUUUCCAUUAUUGUCUCUAUGCGGCGACAUCAGGCUCUUCUUGGCCUUCCCCUGAGACUGUGGGAAAGUGUGCUGCUAAAAGCACCCAUGCAUUGUCAUGUUAAUAGCUCAGGGUGGUGGUUCAGAGGGGAGGUUUUCUUCAGCUAAACCUUUAAAACGAGCUAGAAGCAUAAUCUUCCCAGCCUAGCAGGCACCAUUAGCUCACACUUAUAAGAAAAUAUCGACACGAGAAAUCAAACACUUGCAAGACUCUGCGAUUUAAUAUUACAUUGUGAGAAGAUAAGCAGAGGAAUGACUGCUUCAAACCUUGGCAAUGGACCAGAAAAGAGCUUCAACGCCAAAGAGGAGCGUAAGCUUCGAAAGCCUCUGAUAGAGAAGAGACGUAGAGAACGCAUCAACUCAAGCCUGGAACAGCUGAAGGGUAUUAUGGUGGAUGCCUACAAUUUGGAUCAAUCAAAACUGGAGAAGGCGGAUGUUCUGGAGAUAACUGUGCAACACAUGGAGGGUCUUCAAAGGGGCCUUGGUCCAGCAGCCAGUCAGGGAGCUAGUGUGGCUUUUGAAUCUCGCCAACGAUACAGUAGUGGUUAUAUCCAGUGUAUGCAUGAGGUGCAUAAUUUACUCCUCAACUGCUCUGGCAUGGACAAAUCACUGGGUGCUCGUCUUCUGAACCACCUGCUGAAGGCUCUGCCCCAAAUCAGUGGAGAGAGCGGUGCCACGGGCAGUGCUGCCACCACCAGUCCUCUUCCUCUUCCCACCUCGCCUACACAUUCUCCACUGGCUCUUCCCUCCUUUCAACCCCGUUCUCUCCAACUACACACCCCUCCCUCUCCUACGAGCCCCCCCUCACCCAGCAGCCCCCACUGCUCUCCUGGAAUCCUCUUGCAGAGAGAGGGGGCAGGCAUGAAGCCCUCCCCACCUCGAACACCCUCCCCCCAACCUUUAGCCCCUACUGCCCUUCCCCCCACCUUCCCAGGGGGUGACCCUUCUAUGUGGAGGCCAUGGUGAAGAAGCAAAACCCUCGACCACUUUUCACUUGUUCUUUCCCCCCUUCUUCCACUCUUCCCUAAUAGUGUCCAUUACAUCCUCAUCUCCUGGGAUGUUUGAGUGCUGGGCCUUUUCACUCCGAGAGCGGAGAGGUCACCGAAUAAUAGUAGGUCUCCGAGCCCCUGGGGGUUUUGUGGCAUCGUUUGAAGCACUAUUCUUUAUAGUUGAUUUACCACGGUGUGGGCUUGUUUGGAAAUUUGAAAAACAAAAGGGAACCACAACCAAGGAUGCUCACUUAGAACUGAGUGCAUGAGAAAAAGAAUUGUUGCUUCAUUACUUGAGAGUAACAUUAUUUUGUUAAACCAGGAAGCAAUUUACUUUGCUUAAUUGUAUUUCAUUUUGAAAAUAAUUUUUAAAUGAUGGUUUACUUCUUGAUUUUCCUUUUCCGUUUUUUUGUGUGGCCUUUUCACUAAAGUUUAGUGUGGCCUGAUGCAUUUUACCUGAUAAACUGAUAGUGACUGGGUUCUGCUACAAAAUAAUCGUCAUGUGUCGGAAUGUCCUGAAUCCAUUGAGUGUGUAAAUAUGUGCCUGAAACGCCAUGACCUCUGAUAAUUUUUUUGCUGAUACUAGAUGUUUAGACUAGGUUCCUAUUUGUCUCACGUGGAGCAUUUUGUAUACAAAUUCAGGUUGGGGUGCAAAACAUACACUAUUUAGAUGCCUGUUCUGUGUGCUGGGUAUCAGAAUAUGAUGUAAACGUGUCUGUGAAUAAAGAAACGAACAUCCAUUG